AUGAAGUUCACCGCUACCUUCGUCGCCCUUGCCGGCCUGGUCGCCGCAAUGGCUGAUGCCUCCCCUACGGAAAAGCGAGCCUGUGCUCUACCUUCGACGUACAAGUGGACUUCGUCUGCACCCCUUGCCCAGCCUGCUAACGGCUGGGCUAAUCUCAAGGACUUCACUCACGUUCCUUACAACGGACAGCAUCUGGUUUAUGCUACCUACUAUGGCAACGGCAAGUACAGCUCCAUGGGCUUUACUCCCUUCUCGUCAUGGUCCAACAUGGCCACGGCCACUCAGACUGGUAUGUCGCAAGGUGCGGUUGCGCCAACGCUGUUCUACUUCCGCCCAAAGAACAUCUGGGUGCUCGCCUCGCAGUGGGGUGUCGCGCAGUUCACUUACAGGACGAGCAGCAACCCGACCAAGGUCAACGGCUGGUCAUCGCCCCAGCCAAUGUUCUCGGGCUCCAUCUCGGGUUCCAACACGGGUCCCAUUGACCAGACCGUCAUCGGUGACAGUACCUCGAUGCACCUCUUCUUCGCUGGCGACAACGGCAAGAUCUACCACUCCAAGAUGGCCAUUGGUAACUUCCCUGGUGCCUUCCCUGCCGCUUCCGAGGUGGUGCUCAGCGACACGCCUCUGAAGAUCUUUGAGGCCGUUCAGGUCUACACGGUCUCGGGUACCAACCAGUAUCUCAUGAUCGUCGAGGCUCAGGGCAACAGCGGGCGCUACUUCCGUUCGUUCACCGCCACCAGCCUUGAUGGUCCUUGGACUGUCCAAGCUGGAUCCGAGAGCGCUCCCUUUGCUGGCAAGGCCAACAGCGGUGCCAGCUGGACCAACGACAUCAGCCAUGGCGACAUUAUCCGAUCCAACCCGGAUCAGACCAUGACCAUCGACCCUUGCAACCUGCAGCUGCUCUACCAGGGCCGAAACCCGAGCGAUAGCGGCAGCUACGACGCUUUGCCGUACCGCCCCGGUCUCCUCACCCUCGUUUAA